UUGUAAAAUGUUCAGUUCAAAUCAAUGACACCAUCUUAUGUCCCCCUCAUAGUCAGAAAACUUUUGUUUGGGACAUUUUUUCCAUCUUGCUUACUAUACGAAAUAUUUAUAUGUGUUGAUUAAAAUAACUUACCCAGUAUAUGAAACACUUAUCAAUCAGCCUUCGUUGAAGAAUUAGCAAAUCAAAGAUUAGAAGAUUAGAAGAUUAGAUUAGAAAAAAUCUUUUCUCAAUGAGAAAAGUCGACCAAAAUGGCAUACCAAUUCUUUCAGAAAUAUUUUUAUUAAUUAUUACUGGCGGACCUAAAGGACUAUUAUUUGUUAGAUUAGAAGAUUAGAAACAGUGUAGCAGAGACAGACCUCUUCCUGUUUGAAUCGAAUCGUUUUCUUUCAGCAAACCAGAUAGAGGAAAAUCGAAUUAUUCAACGAGCAAGAUGGCUACAAAAAUGGAAAGUGACAUCGUCAUUACAGGCAUUUCAGGUCGUCUACCUGAGUCCUCAAACAUUGAGGAGUUUAAGGAGAAUUUAAUGAAAGGAUUAGACAUGGUUACCGAGGACGAGCGACGUUGGACACCGGGCAUUCUCGGAAUACCAUCCAGAUUUGCCAAACUCAAGGAUCUUAGUAAUUUCGACGCCUCUUUCUUCAAGAUACGUCCUAAACAAGCGCACUCAAUGGAUCCGCAGCUUCGCAUAAUGCUAGAAGCGUCAUACGAGGCGUUAAUUGAUGCCGGCGUCAAUCCCUCAACUCUAAAAGGAUCGCGUACUGGCGUGUUCAUCGGUGUUUCCACUUCGGAUGCGAGUAAUUUUUGGAAGAAAGAUCCAAAUGGAUAUGGAUAUCUCGGAAGUAGCAGAGGGAUGCUUGCCAACAGAAUCUCUUACGUUUUUGAUUUAAUCGGACCUAGUUAUUCGCUGGAUACAGCCUGUUCCUCGGCUUUGACUGUUAUGCAUCAAGCGGUUCUUGCGAUGAAUAUGGGUGAAUGCGACGCAGCGAUCAUCGGCGGAUUGAAUCUCGUGCUCGAUCCGGCUAUUAGUCUUCAUUUUCAGCAAUUGAAUAUACUGUCCAAAGAUGGCAAGUGUAAAUCAUUCGACAUUAUGGCCAAUGGUUACGCGAGAGCUGAAGCAGUGGUCGUAAUAUUUCUGCAGAAAUUAAAGGACGCACGCAGAGUGUACGCCACGGUGAUAAACACGGCGAUAAACACAGAUGGCUACAAACCUGAGGGUUUCACGUAUCCAAGCAGUGACAUUCAAUACUUGAUGUUGAAGGAAGUGUAUAGUAAAGUGAGUAUCAAUCUCGAAGAUGUAGUUUACAUAGAGGCGCAUGGUAGCGGUACCCAAGCGGGUGAUCAGCAGGAAAUAAGUGCCAUCGAUAGACUGUUUUGCAAAAACAGGAAGACACCGCUGCAGAUCGGCUCGGUUAAAUCAAAUAUGGGCCACUCAGAAGCCGCCAGCGGAAUAUGCGCGCUAGCCAAGGUGCUGAUUGCGAUGGAAACCGGCGUGAUCCCCGCGAAUCUGCACUUUUCUAUUCCAAAUCCGAAGAUUCCCGCAUUGAUCGAUGGACGUGUUCGCGUAAUUGACAAGGCCACGCCAUGGAAUGGCGGUCUCGUGGGUAUCAAUUCAUUUGGCGCCGGUGGCGCAAAUUCGCACGUUAUUUUGCGCAGUAAUCCAAAGACAAAAGUGUCAUCGGUGCCAGAGACCAUAGAGUCACUACUACCAAAACUGAUAGCCGUGUCGGGUCGCACGAAGGAAGCUAUACAGGUGUUAUUGGACAAGGCGAAUGAGCAUCAACAGGACGACGAGUUUCUGGCUUUACUGCAUACCGCGCACCAGGACAAUAUAGCGGGACACAACGUUCGCGGCUAUGAGAUACUCGCUCAUGGUGGUACCCGCGAGAUGGUCAAAAUGAAUAAUGGCAACAAACGUUCUAUUUGGUUUUUAUUUUCCGGUAUGGGUUCUCAAUGGUCAGGUAUGGGCCGCGAACUGCUCAACAUCAAAACGUGCCAACAUAGUCUACAGCAAUGCGCAAACAUAUUGAAGAAUCAUGAUAUCGACUUAAUGAAUAUCAUCUUAAAUAGCACCGAUGAGACAUACGAGAACGUGAUGCUUGUUAUGAUAUCAAUCGUGGCCAUCCAGAUCGCUCUAGUCGACUUGUUAACACUUAUAGGCAUUCGACCAGACGGCAUAAUUGGACACUCCCUCGGUGAAUUGUGCUGUUCAUAUGCCGACGGCGGGUUUACGCUAGAGCAAACUAUCUUGGCAGCUUAUUACAAAGGCAAGUCGACUCUAGAUGCCAAUUUAGAACCAGGCGCUAUGGCAGUAGCCACAUUGACUUGGGAGAAAGCCAAGGAGAUGUGUCCACCUGAUAUCACUCCAGCUUGUCACAAUUCUGCAAAUUUGGUCACCAUUUCUGGUCCAGUCGCUUCUGUGAAGAAGUUUGUAGAAGAGCUAAAGAGCAAAGAAAUCUUUGCUAAAAUAAUCGACUCAUCUGGCGUCGCCUUCCACAGCAAAUACAUUCUUCCGAGUGAAUCAAUAUACCGUGCUUCGCUCGACAUGAUUAUACCAAACCCGAAGAAAAGAUCUCACAGAUGGAUCUCCAGUUCGGUACCCAAGGCCGCAUGGGAAAGCCCACUCGCGCAAUUCAGCUCAUCGAAGUAUUUCAUAAACAAUCUGGUGUCACCUGUGCUCUUCCAAGAAGCGAUGGCGCACAUCCCAGAGGACGCAAUAAUUAUCGAGAUUGGACCGCAUUGCCUGUUGCAGUCGAUUCUGCAUAGUUCGCUACCGUUGACAAUUACCAACAUCUGUCUUCAAAAUCAAAAUUAUUCAAACAAUUUGAUCUUUCUACUGUCUAAUAUAGGAAAGCUGUACACGGCUGGAGCGCAACCUGAUAUCUCCAAACUAUAUCCACCGAUCAGUUUUCCCGUUAGUCGUGGAACACCGAUGAUCGGACCUCUGAUCAAAUGGGACCAUUCCACCAAAUGGGAGGUACCCACUUUUACUCAGAAGUCAAAACAAUUGUCUGGAGAACAUAUUGUAGAAGUAAAUCUGUCGAGAGAAACGGACGCAUAUCUAAUGGAACACAAAAUCGACGGGCGAUAUGUUUUCCCGGGCGCCGGCUUCCUUGUGAUGGUUUGGAAACUCUUCGCGAAACUACAUGACACCAAUUUUGAACAACUGCCAGUAAUCUUCAAAAACGUGUGGUUGCAGCGCAUUACUUUCAUCCCGACAAAGAAAACGAUCAAGUUCUCGGUAAAUAUUCUUAAGAGAAAGGGCGACUUCGAAGUCCGGGAAGCCGAUUCGAUCGUCGUUAGCGGAAACAUUGGCCUUGCCGAAGCUACCGAGAAGGAUCAGCUGGACCUGCCGCUGCUUCCGAUGCCACCCGAUGGAUUUGUAUUGAACACCGAGGACGUUUAUAAGGAAUUUAGAUUGCGUGGAUACAAAUACAGCGGUAUUUUCAAGGGGAUCAAAUCCUGUGACAAUUCCAUCACUGUCGGCGAAUUACAUUGGUUCAAUGAAUGGUCCUCGUACAUGGAUAGCAUGUUUCAGUUUAAAUUAUUGUCCAUCGAUCGGAGAUUGGUGUAUGGCUCGAAGUUCCGCUACGCCGUGAUUGAUCCUGUGCUUCACAAACGAUUGACCGAUGAGUUACCGAAAGAUGCUGGAUUAUCGAUAUAUCACUAUAAAAACAUCGAAGUCGUCAAAUCGGGGGGUAUCGAGAUUAGAGGGAUGAAAUUUACUACAUCUCAGCGACAGCAGAUUCAAAUCAAGCCCAAGUACGAACGUUACGUUUACGUGCCAUACGAAAAUCCGCACAGCCUGGUCUUGGAAGAUUCAGCGAGAGGAAAGCUGCACGCACUCACUGUGCUAUUGCAAAUUGCCUGUGAGAACAUAACGACGUCGAGGAUCAAGGCCAUGGAAGUAGCGAACGAUCGAGACGCAAAAAGCCUCUUGGCGCCACUUAUACUCGAUAUUUUUGAUGGAGAACCAUUAGUUAACAUUGACCUACAAGUGGCCGUCAAUUCCGCAAUUGAUGAUUACGCGACAAUUUUCAAUGAGAUAAACGUUAACUUAGUGAAAUGGGAUGCAAACGAUGCAUUUUUAGGUCCAAAUAUGCAUCUCGUCGUAGCAGCGGAAGUUCUUUCUAGCCAAUCUUACACCGUUCUUAAAAACCUAGCAAGUGCCUUAAAUUCCAGUUGCUUUAUUCUUCUGAAAGAGACUGCCACACAACUCGACUUGAACACUGCGCUGAAGAAAGCGAAUCUGAUAUUGGUCAGUAAACAAAUCGACACCUCGGGAAAGAGUUACAUCUUGUUAAAGAAACGAAAGGAGAAACGAGAAUCAAUCGUAAUACAGAUCACAGAAAAGAAUUUCUCAUGGUUGGAAAAUGCAAAAGCUGUGUUGAAGAAAUACGACAGCAAUAAUCAAGAAAUUCUUUUUGUAUCCCAAGGCGAAGAAUUAUUUGGUCUAGUUGGAUUUAUGACUUGUAUCCGGCGCGAGAUCGCAAACGUGCGUUAUAUCUUUAUCCAAGACAGCAACGCUCCCAAAUUUGACUUAUCCUCCCAGUUUUACGCGCAGCAACUAGAAAAGGAAUUAAUGGCUAAUGUUUUGAAGGCAGGUCAAUGGGGCAGUUAUCGGCACUUACAAUUACAUCAGCCUAACAACGUGCAAGUGGAGCACGCCUAUGUGAGUGCACGGACUCACGGAGAUUUGAGUAGUCUAGAAUGGAUUCAAAGUCCAUUAACUUCUGGUCAGACUAAACAUUUAGAUAAACUCUGCAGUGUAUACUAUGCGUCGUUAAACUUCAGGAAUAUUAAUCUGGCGAUCAGUAAACAACCAACGGACGCCCUUUCAUCGGUAGAGAUUAAUAUAGAAGACUCUGCCUUAGGACUAGAAUUCUCCGGAAGAGACGCAAACGGCUGUAGAGUGAUGGGUAUAGUCAAAUCUAGAAGAUUGAUGACCACCGUGUUACCAGAUUCCGGUUUUCUUUGGAAGCUGCCUGACAGAUGGACGUUGGAGCAGGCGGCGACAAUACCGGUCGCUUACGUCACUAGUUACUACGCUCUGUUUGUACGGGGUCAAUUGAAGGCGGACGAAAGCGUGUUAAUUCAUAGCGGCGCCGGCAGCAUCGGUCAAGCAGCGAUCACCAUCGCUCUGCACACCGGCUGCACAGUCUUCACCACCGUCGACACUCCGGAGCAACAGCUUUUUCUCAAAAAAGCCUUUCCGCAAUUGAUCGAGAAGAAUAUUGGUAAUUCUCGAGAUACGAGUUUUGAGUAUCUGAUCUCCGACCAGACCCAAGGACGUGGAGUUGAUGUGGUACUGAACUCGCUAAUUGGAGAGAAACUGCACGCCAGUAUGCGGUGCCUCGCGAAGAACGGUCGUUUCCUUGAGAUCGGGAAACACGACAUGUUGAAUGGCAAUUGUGUAGAUAUGUCGGUAUUUUUAAAGAACAUUUCCUUCCACGGUAUAUUUCUGGAGACGCUGUUUGACGAAAGCGAAGACAAACGAAAAACGAUUAAACUGAUGACAGAGGGAAUCGCGAAAAGCGUAGUGCGUCCAUUACCGACGACCGUAUUUUCGAAGCAAAAGCUCGAGGAGGGAUUUAAAUUUAUGAUGACGGGCCAGCAUAUCGGUAAGGUACUGUUGAAUAUUCGACACGAAGAACCGCAAAAACACAUGAUGCCGAUGUCGAAGAUGAUGACGACCGUAUCGCGCUCCUACAUGCAUCCGGAGAAGUCGUAUGUGCUAAUCGGAGGUCUCGGUGGCUUCGGUCUAGAACUAGCCAACUGGAUGGUCGCUCGCGGCGCUAAAAUCAUCAUUCUUGUGUCUCAAACCGGCAUACGCACCGGAUACCAGAUGUUGCGGAUACAACGUUGGCGCGAGAGUGGCAUCAAAGUCGUCAUUUCCACGGCGGACGUGACGACGCCUUCUGGCGCCCUAAAUUUGAUCGAGGAGAGUAACCGGUUGGCUCCGGUAGGCGGUAUAUUUAAUCUGGCCGUUGUGUUGCACGACGCCUUGUUCGAGAACUUGCAGGUGGCCGAUUUUGAGGCUGUAAAUUUGCCAAAAGUCGAGGUUACGAAGAAUCUGGACAUGGCAUCGAGAAAGUUCUGUCCGUCGUUAGAUUUUUUCGUCGUCUUCUCGUCCAUAUCCUGCGGCCGUGGCAAUCUGGGUCAAUCCAAUUAUGGUCUCGCAAAUUCGGCCAUGGAGAGGAUGAUGGAGCAGAGAAAUGCCGCUGGUUUGCCCGGUCUCGCUAUUCAAUGGGGUAUUAUAGGAGACGUUGGAUUGUAUAUAGAUACGAUAACAAAUAAAAACAUUAAUGAAGGUAUUUUGCCACAACGUAUGAGCAGCUGUCUUGCAACCAUGGACAUUUUUCUUCGGGAAUCGUAUCCUGUAUUGGCAUCCACAGUGAUAGGCGUAAAGCACAAAUCCGUGAACGAUGGCAAAGUUAAUUUUGUUGAAGUCAUUGCCAGUAUCCUUGGUUUUGAAAAUGUCUAUUCGAUGAGUUUCAAUGACACCUUCGAUAAGCUCGGCAUUGAUUCGCUAGGCUACACAGAGAUCAAGCAGAUUCUUGAAAGAGAAUAUAAUAUCAUAUUAUCGUUCCGAGAAAUACAAGCCUUGACGAUAAGCAAAUUACGAGAUUUAUUAACUGCGACCGAUGUAUCUGGCAAUUCUCCAACGAGUUAAAAAAAGUGUAGAUAAGAAGAUCGCAAGUCUCCUGCAGUAUACAUAUAUAUGUUAAA